AUGAUUUUCAUGGAGGCAUCGGAGAAGGAACUCUGCCAUCAGGCGAUACUAGGCGCUAUUAUUUCGUCACUUCGAACUUUUGAUUGCGACCCGCUCCUGGCUGGUCAACAGGAGCAGCAACAGGACUACAGAGGGUCAACCAAGGCGCUUCUUGCAGCUUUGAAUAGUAUCCAGUUGUUGAGCAAAGCUUUCGAAGGAGACGCUCUAUCUAAUCUAGUAGUCAACUAUCGGUGCCAUCAUCAGAAAUGCCGUCAGAAUUUGCGGGUGCCGGACAACAUUACGGAGGAUUUCCACGGCGCUACAGUCGAGCUUACUGAGAUUCAGAAGCGCCACCUCGAGUCCCAGGCGAAGAAGUCUGGGGUCGAUGAAAUUGUGCCAAAGUUUCGAGACCACGUGGUGGGACGAGGGAGGGGAGGUGGAAGAGGGCACAUACAUGAGUGGCAGAGGUUGAGGAGAUAG